ACGUGAUGGUCGGUGCGCGUCACCGGAGCGCUGUCGCUCGCCUGCAGACUGGAGCAGCUCUGACUGACACUGUGAGCAGCUGCUGGUGUAAAUAAAGAUUAACCAGCAACAAAAAAAAACUACCAAUCAAACCGGGCUGCAUCGGGUUAAACUGGCUCUAGUUUCUUUCAUUCAUUCGCUGACUUCUCUGUGAGGCUGCUUUUUUCAGUCCUUUCCUCUUUUUUUAAAAAAAAAACCCACAUUUGCCAAGUAACGAGGAAAACCACAAAAAAAACCCCAACAUGGCUGGUUUGAUGGCAGGUUUCGGUCAGUGCACCCACGCCAUCGUCCGGGGGAUCCCCGCGUCCCUGGCCGGAGAGGCGCUCCGGAUCUGCGCGUCGGAGGUGGACAUCGCCGGGGCGCGGAGGGAGCAUGACGCGUACGUGGAGGUGCUGAGGACCAGGCUCCGGCUGGACGUGGUCGAGCUGCCCGCCGACGAGUCGCUCCCGGACUGCGUGUUCGUGGAGGACGCGGCGGUGGUGUGCGGUGACACGGCGCUCAUCACCCGCCCCGGGGCCGAGAGCCGCAGGAGAGAGACGGAGGCAAUGAAGGGAGCUCUGAAGGAUCUGAACCUGAACAUCGUGGAGAUGACUGAUGAAACUGCCACAUUGGACGGAGGAGACGUGCUUUUCACAGGUCGAGAGUUCUUUGUGGGCCUUUCCAAGCGGACCAAUCAGAGAGGAGCAGAGAUCCUGGCUGAUGCUUUUAAGGACUACGCUGUGUCGACGGUGCCAGUGCAGCAGGGGCUGCACCUGAAGAGCUUCUGCAGCAUGGGGGGACCCGGCCUCAUCGUCAUCGGCUCCAGUGAACCGGCACAGAAAGCUCUCAAAAUCAUGCAGCAGAUGAGUGACCAUCGCUACGACAAACUGACGGUGCCUGAUGACCUCGCUGCCAACUGCGUCUACAUGAACCUGCCUGAUCUGGGACACGUGCUGCUGCACUGCACAGCGGAGGAGUAUCCAGAGAGCACCAAGGUGUUUGAGAAGUUGAAGGACUACACCCUCAUCCCUGUGGCCAACAGCCAGAAGGUCAAAGUGGAUGGAGCUCUCACGUGCUGCUCCGUGCUCCUCAACAAGAAGAGCAACAACUGAGCCUGCUCACCGGGGGGGGGUGGG